UGGGUGAAAAGAUAGGAUUCAAAUUCGUUUCAAAGAGUGCUUGGUUGUUCAAUGGCGGCAAUUAAAUCAGGGGCAUUGGUUACUUUACUUGAGCUUCAGCCAUCUUCUGAAUUUUUUAAGGAAGGAGCUUCACUUAGAGUAACCGGAAAGCUGCAAGAGUAUUCAGUUGAGACAGCCAUAGCUGUUAUUGCUGAUCAAGGUGCCACCCUAAAGAUAGAUACGCAGCACUUGAGGGCACUUGAUUUCCGAAUCUGCUCGAUACUGCAAUUCAGCGGUGAACUCCAUAUUCAACCCAACAGUGAGGCGGUACUGCAAGCGCGUACCGGUAGGAACGUCAAUGGUAUUGACCUUGAUCUCUAUUAUCGAUCUUUGCAGCAAUUAAGGCGGUUCCAAGCCGAGCACAUGAAAAGUGCAGCUACUUGAAUGAAGUUUUGGAUUUGAAUAGACUUGCUAGUAUUGUCAAGGUACCGA